UGUCGUUGUUCUCUCAGUACUAACACUCAUUCACACAUUUAUCAUUAGGGUUUCGCAAUUACCUUUGUAUCCGAAGCGCUUUGCAUAUCUUCGAGAAAUGGAGCGAACGAGAUUCAGCGGAUCCCCGGUUUCUUCCGACUCCACCGGCAUCGCCGCCGCUGCAAGAUCUGUUUCUUCGCACCUGCCUCAACCGAAUUAUGGUAGCCGAGUUGUUCAGGAAGCCUUGGAGCACUUGGCAUCCAUUGAUCUGAUUGAGUUGUGCAAUGAGGCAAAAGUUGAGCGCUGUCGGGCAACCAGAGACUUGAGUAGUUGUGGACGUUAUGUACAGCAUGUGUUGAACUCUUGUGGACAUGCCUCCUUAUGUGCAGAAUGUAGUCAACGGUGUGAUGUUUGCCCAAUUUGUAGAAUGCCAAUACCAAAGAAUGGCAAUAAACUUCGGUGUCGUCUGUACUAUGAGUGCAUAGAGGCUGGCCUUAUCUCCAAAAGAUAUGAUGAUAGAUUCCAGGAGAAAGAUGAUAGCGAGAAGCAACAGACUGCUGAUGUACAACGCCUUUAUUCUUUGUUUGAUGUUGCCAUGGAGAACAACUUGGUUUGUUUGAUUUGUCAUUAUGUUACAGAUGUUUGUAUGGACGAAAGUGCUGUCUCCAGUGAUCCUGUCAUUGCUUUUUUGUUGGAUGAAGUGGUUGUCAAAGAUUGGUGCAAGCGGACGUUCAGAAACAUUAUAACAGAACUUCAAGGGAUUUACAAUCUUGAAGUAGAAGAGAUGAAAACAAGGUUGAGUUUACUUCUUAAGUUUUCAGUACAGCUGGCUGGUGUGGCCAGUGUCCUCGAAGUUCUGGAGUCAUCUUUCAAGGGUACAAUUUCAUCCCAGCUUCAUGACUUGCAUCAGCUUCAGGAGAGCAUAUUAAAGACAAAACAGCACAUGGAGAUUAUGAUUUGGUGUAUAAGACAUCAGUUUCUCGAGAAUGUUAGGUCUCGUUAUUCUAAAUUUUCAUCAUGGCGUUCUCUGGUUCGUGAAAGGAAAUCAGCUGCGAUUCAGCGCUCAUGGCCUGAUUCAGUAGAUCACACUGCAGAGCCCACAAAAGAAUGUGGAACCCUCUUCAUUGAAGAUGCAUUGUUAAAUCUUGAGAUAGAUCAAGGACGUGCACAGGAAAUGGGAGAGGAAUCAGAAGUCGCAUCCUUGCAGAAGGAUGGAGGUUCCACAUUUUUCAGGUCUAAGAUUGAAGGAUUGGCAGGAUGCUAUCCAUUUGAAAAUAUGCGAGCUGCUGCAGACAUAUUAUUUUUAAGUGGAAGUUCUGACUUGGUGGUUGCGAAACAAGCAAUUUUUCUGUAUUACUUGUUUGAUCGCCAUUGGACAAUGCCUGACGAAAAAUGGAGACACAUUGUAGAUGAUUUUGCAGCUACAUUUAGCAUAACCCGGCAUUCCUUAUUGGAAUCCUUUACUUUUUAUCUUCUGGAUGAUCAUACAGAUGAAGCUCUGCAGGAAGCUUGCCUGCUUCUUCCAGAGAUCUCAGGCCCAGGAACUCAUCCUAAGAUCGCACAAGUUUUGUUGGAAAGGCAAAAUCCUGAUGCUGCUCUUAUGGUUUUACGGUGGUCUGGGCAUGAUGGGGGAUCUCAGUUGGUUUCACUUGGUGAAGCAGUCAAUGCAGUUCGGGUGAGAGUGGAGUGUGCACUUGUGACUGAAGCAUUUAUGUACCAGAGAUUGCUCUGCACAAAAAUCAAGGAAAAGCAGUUACGGGAUGGAUUGGCUAGCAAUGUUCCAGAGGUUUCAAAAGGUGAAUCUAGAACUUGGAUGGAUUGGAUGGAGACACUGGUGACUGAAAUUUGUUGUCUUUGUAUCCGGAGGGGCUUGGUGGAUAGAAUGAUAGAAUUGCCAUGGAAUUUUGAUGAGGAGAAAUGUCUCCAUAAAUGCCUGUUAGAGUAUGCCAUUGAUGACCCUUCAACAAUUGUUGGAAGUCUUCUUGUUGUUUUCUAUCUUCAGCGGUACCGGUAUACUGAAGCAUACCAAGUUGAUCGUAAACUUCAGAGUGUGGAGCAGGACUUCAUUUCAAAAAGUUCUGUCCAGGAAGAGGUCUUAACCAGAAUGAAAUCAACAAGUCACUGGAGAUCGGGAUUGGUUGAUAAAAGCAUGGAGUUGCUGCCAGAGGGGCAACGGCAGCAAGUUAAAACUGGAAAGUUGCUUGAUAUUUCUGCUGCUUCUGAUAAUGAAUUUCAAAUCCAAACAUCUGAUAUUCCCAAGAUACCAGAACCUAAUUCAUCACUUUUGUUGCUUCCUACUUCCACCAUUUCUUCCCUUGCUCCUCGAAUGGAUCAUAUGGUAUCACCCUCAAAACCAUCAGUUUUUGAAACUCCAUCAAAACUGGGUGGAGCUGUCAACAAUUCCCGCUUCGGACUUGGUAACUACAACUCUCCAUCCAUUUUUCAUGGGAGUUCCUUUACCAAUAUAGAAAGAGGACAGAAGCCUCAAACUGGAAUCAGCACAAAUUUCAAAUUUGAUGACAUCUCAACUCCUCAAAGUCUUCGUCGUUUUAGUCCUAUGAAUGCUUCAUUAAAAGAAAUCAACCGAAGUUCGUCAAGAGUGCUUCAAAAGAGCAACUUCCAAGGCAAUCAAUUUGAUAAAGUAUCACCAGAAGCAGAACAAGAUGGGUUCACAAACGAAUUCAAAAGUACCAGUCCUCCAUCCCGCAGAAUUACGGCUAAUCCAGCUACUACACCAGGCAGUGAGCAUGGCUUGUUUAAAGAUGCUGCUCAAGACCUGAACCCAAAUAUAUCUGGUAAGCGUGUCUUGUCAGACGGACCAGAUAGACCUUGGAGUGUGGUUCCCUCUAGUAAUGCAAUGGAAGUGUCUUGGAGCUAUCAAGACAACGGUUCAGCUGUUGAUGAAAUGAACGCCAAUGGUGGCCCUAGGUGGAGAUCUGAUGAAAUGAGUGAGGGUGAAGAGAAGCAGAGUCCAGAGAGAGUUAUAGGUGUAGGUUCUUAUACUACUCCGGCGAGGGGAAUUAGAAGAAUCAGGUUGUCCAGAAGAUGAAGAUGGUUGCUCGUUUCCAUGGAUGUGAAAGAGGAAAACUGCAAUAACUUGUAGAAGAGAAGGAAACCGGUUAACUUUUUAGGCAAGAGCUACGCUUCUCAAAUUACAUGGAACGGAAGAGCAGCAUGCUGCUAUUUCUUAUACUGGUUUAUAGUUGUAGCCGCAUGCAGCUGAGUCUUUAUUUUCAAGGAACUGCUAGAUUUGAUUAGCUAUUUCCCCUUUACUAAGUUAAUGAUUUUGGGGAACACAGUUUUCAUGGGUUUUGGCCACAUUUUUGUAUCUUCAUGGAAUUAAUUGAAAGUCAGAGGCUUUGCUUUUUCGCUUU